CUCCCCUCCCCGAUCACUCCACCCCUCCUCUCCUCCAGCUCACACCCACCCCUUCCUCCCUCUCACACUCAAAUCCACAACCCUCUAGAUCCACCGCCUCCCGAUCCGAUCGCCUCCGCUUCCGCCCGAUCGGAUCCCGCAGGGUUUGGGUCUGCGGCGAUUUAGAUGGUUUACGAUGGCGCCGUGAAGGACCAGGAGAGCUCCUCGGGCCCAGCAUCGGCGGCACUAUCGGAGGCAUCAGGGGCUUCAGCGGCAGCAUCGGAGGCGUUGGUGAGCGCGAGACCGGCGAGGCCCGCGCAGGACAGGCGGCUCGGCGUGCGGCACCCCUUGAAGUACCGCCGGUUCCGUGCCGGUGGGAAGAUGACGGUGGAGCCCGGGGGCCUGCCGUCCUCUCAGACCGUGGUGCAGGGGGAGGAGGAGGAGGAGGAGUCGAGCGAGGUGGAAGAGGUCGAGGAGGAGGCCUCGUCCGCGGAGAUGCAGAUGCAGCCUCGUGACGUGGAGGUGUCAUCCGCACCGGCACAGGUGGUAGAAGAGAUGGCAGAAGUGGUAGAAGAGAUGGAGGUGGAGGGAAGCGAAAUGGAUGUAUCACCCGAGGCAGCGGUGGCUGUGGGGGACACGGAGUUGGAGGCGCAGCCCGACGAGGAGGAGGAGGUAUCAUCGGUGGUGGUAGCAGAAGGGGAUAGGAAGCAGGAGGCCUCAGCUGCAGCGUCUGUGCCAGCUGUGGAGGCGCCCAACGAGAAGGAUCAGGAGAAGGGGAGGGAGGAGAAGGAGAGGGAAAAACAAAAGGAGAGGGAGAGGGUGGAUGAGGUGGGCUACAUGAGUGGAGGAUGGAAGAGUGCUGAUGGAAGUCUGAGUUGUGGAUAUUCAAGUUUUAGAGGAAAAAGGGCAAGCAUGGAAGACUUUUAUGAUAUAAAAUCAUCUAAAAUUGACGAGACACAAAUAAGUCUAUUUGGAAUUUUUGAUGGUCAUGGCGGUUCACGUGCUGCUGAGUAUUUGAAGGAGCACUUAUUUGAGAACCUCAUGAAACAUCAGGAGUUUAUGACAGAUACAAAAUUAGCAAUAAGUGAAACAUACAAAAAGACAGAUUCAGAGUUCUUGGAUGCUGAAAGGAACUCUCAUAGAGAUGAUGGGUCUACUGCAUCGACAGCAGUGUUGGUGGGUGACCAUCUUUACGUGGCUAAUGUUGGAGACUCCCGGGCCGUAAUAUCAAAGGCAGGCAAAGCUAUCGCACUCUCUGAAGAUCACAAGCCAAACAGAAGUGAUGAGAGAAAACGAAUUGAGGGUGCUGGUGGGGUGGUAAUGUGGGCUGGAACUUGGAGGGUAGGUGGCGUACUUGCAAUGUCUCGGGCAUUUGGCAACCGUCUGUUGAAGCAAUUUGUUAUUGCAGACCCUGAGAUUCAGGAACAAGAAGUAAAUGAUGAAUUGGAGUUUCUGAUUAUAGCUAGUGAUGGGCUGUGGGAUGUGGUUCCAAAUGAGGAUGCUGUUUCACUCGUGAAGAUGGAGGAGGAACCCGAGGCAGCAGCCCGGAAGCUGACAGAGACUGCGUUCUCCCGCGGGAGUGGCGAUAACAUCACCUGCAUCGUUGUGAAAUUCCAGCAUGACAAGAUGGGCGGUGAUUCCCCACCUUCAGGCGACUAGAGUUGAUUCAAUUUGUUGUUCGUCGUUAUACAUGUUGUGGGUCCUUACCUUAAGCCGGAAUUUCCUGGCUCCAUGGUCCUUAUAGCGGCGCGGCUGUUACUAUAAGAGUUGGUUUAUGUUCGUUGAUGUCUGUAUAUCCCCCUAAUUUUGGUGCAUCCGGUGGUUUACAUGUUGCUGUGCUAUUUACAUAGGUUUAUCAUCU